UAGUACUCUUUAUCCUUAUACAGUCUUCAUGUCAGCGACAUAUCGAUAGCGUAACAUCGAUGGCUUUCGUCCGAACCCAUGCAGUCGUGUAGUUGUAGUCUACAUUUUCUACGUAUUCCAUUUUGCUUUUACGCAUUCGAUGGUUGACGUGGUGUGAUUUCCACGUCUCUCCUGCUCUCUCCCUCGUAACAGCGACGAGUAGUAAAUCGAGUUUCGGUGAAUAUGAGUAUGAAUGACAGCGAACCGAUCGAGUACGAACCCUCCAUUAGAAACGUGAUCGAACAGCAGUCUUUGCGAUGGAUAUUCGUCGGUGGCAAAGGUGGAGUCGGUAAAACGACCUGCAGUUGUUCAUUGGCUGUCCAAUUGUCGAAAGUGAGGGAAAAUGUACUCAUCAUCUCGACCGAUCCCGCGCAUAACAUCUCCGAUGCGUUCGAUCAGAAAUUCAGCAAAGUUCCGACGAAGGUGAAAGGAUUCGAUAAUUUAUUCGCCAUGGAAAUCGAUCCUAAUGUUGGCGUCACUGAGUUGCCUGAAGAAUACUUUGAAAGCGAAGCAGUUUCAGGUGGAGUAGCGAUGAAAUUGAGUAGAAGCGUGAUGCAAGAAAUUGUUGGAGCCUUCCCUGGUAUAGACGAGGCGAUGAGUUACGUAGAAGUUAUGAAGCUGGUCAAAGGAAUGAAUUUUUCUGUUGUUGUCUUCGACACUGCCCCUACCGGGCAUACUUUAAGGCUACUCUCGUUCCCACAAAUUUUGGAAAAAGGUCUCGGGAAACUAAUGUUUUUGAAGAUGAAGAUGAAUCCUUUCAUUACGCAAAUAAGCAACAUGUUCGGUAUAACGGAUUUUAAUGUAGAUACAUUCUCGAAUAAAGUAGAGGAAAUGUUCGCGGUUAUUCGACAGGUCAAUGAACAAUUCAGAAACCCUGAUCAGACGACAUUUGUUUGCGUGUGCAUAGCUGAAUUUUUGUCGCUUUAUGAAACUGAGAGGCUUGUACAGGAAUUGACAAAAUGCGGUAUCGACACCCACAAUAUUAUAGUGAACCAGCUGUUAUUUUUGAAAGAAGGUGACGCACCUUGUAGACUGUGCCUUGCGAGGCAUAAAAUACAGAACAAAUAUUUAGAACAGAUAAUGGAUUUGUACGAAGAUUUUCAUAUAACACGACUUCCUUUAUUAGAUAGAGAAGUUCGUGGAGUCCAACAAGUCAAAGAGUUUUCUGAAAAUCUUGUCAAGCCAUACAAACCUUAAUUACGAUUAAUGUUUAAUAAGAAUAUAUAACAUUACGUAUAAUCAAAAGUUUUUGUAAACUAAAAAAGCCUUAUACACUGUGAAAUUUGUAUGAAAGGUAAUAUUUAAUACUUUUUUUCUGCAUGUAAAAAUUUCGCUUUGGUGUUCGUGUACGUCAAACAUUAUCGAAAAUUAAUUGACGCACUGUAUAUUUUUUUUUAUACAAAUUUCAUAAAGCAAUAAUUGUAAAAAACAAUAACACUUUUUAUUUUAUCAUCA